GCGCAGCAGCGCUAAAUCAUGGCGGAUUGACGUUGAAAGUGCAAAGCUCGAAAGAAUCAAACAUGUUUUUCCUCUAGUUUUGUGGCUAAAAUUGCACUAAAUUGCAUGUAAAUGUGAAGAAAUUGUGCUGAACAAUGUGGCCGACAACAGUGGAUAUGACACGAGAUGAAUGCCGGAGUCGUUUGAGGCAUUUGGAACUGGAUGCAUACUCGAGUGUUGUGAGUACCUUCCGGGCACAGGGGCAUCUGACAGACAAGAAACUGGGUGUAUUGAAGGAUUUGCAAGCAAUUCUGCACAUUUCUGCUGAUAGGCAUCGCUGCGAAGUGCGAAGAGUGGCUUACGAUGAAGAAUUAAAUACGGUGGCCACGAAGAUUUAUGGGCAAAAUACAGCCCAUGAAUGGAGCAAGGAGGGACGAAGGACAUUUCCCUUUUUUCCCAGGGAUACCAUACAUACGGCUUUGAUGCCAGCGGCUGAUGCUGCUGCUGAAGAGGGAGCUAGACAAAAUUCAACGCUGCCAUAUCCAUCGGACACCGAGAGGAUGCACAAACCCCUGGAACAGACGGGCACCGUGCCAGUGGUUACUGAGAAUGAGUUGGUGUCAAAGACAGCAGCUCGUAAGGAUGUCAAGCGAUCUUUGGUGUCACUGGAAACUAGUCCAGUGGCCAAAAGGCGCAUCGUUCAAGCACCUCUGGGCACAAAAGGUAAAGAAGUAGUGGAAGUACGUCGAGAAAUGCCCGAUAAGAAAAAUCCCAAGAGAUUGAAAAAUCUCAAGUGGACCUCCCCGAAGAAAUCUCCCAUGUCUGACAGCGAGAAGAGCAAUUUGGCCAGUCGGAUUAUGCAUUCGUACGCCAGUCCAGCGCCAAUUCCUGCCACUCUCAAACGAAGUGUCAGUGAGAUAAAGAGCCCCAUUGAGGAGGGUGGUGGUGGAAGGGUGCAGCUGAUGCCCCAAAUAGCCACAUCGAAAAAGGACAUCACGACGAAUCUGACAAAACUCAGCCAAUUGGGAACGUCCGGGAAGGCUGUUGUGAAGAAAGUUGAGAAUCCGGGAGAACUACUGAAGAAUUGGGGAGAGGAAGAACGUGCCCCAAGAAUACCCAUCACAGUCCAGGGAGCUGUGAAGAAAGUCAAUCUCACGAGCAAUUCACUGGCUACACUGAUUACAGCCAAUGGUGGAAAUAUUAUCAAAAAGAUCCCAUCGACAAUCACAAAUGUCCUGCAGAGUCCGGGAAUUGUCAAAUCAAUCACACCGAGUGUCAUUACGACGGCAUCGGGGCAAGUGGUGAAGCCCAAAGUGAAAAUAAUCAGUCAGCAAAUUACUCCAGCUCCACUGACACCCGGAACACAAGUUAAAAUCCCCGCUGGAUUGCACCUGAAGACCCUACAGGGGCGUCCGGAUAACAUUAAAAUUGUCACUGGGCCAUCGGGUAAAAUGGUCCUAAAAGCUGUCAAUGAUCCGGCGGUAAAAGCUAAAGUGGCACCACUGAAGAACCUCCAGACAGUGGUUUUACCACCAAAAACCACCACAAUAGCACCUCCAGUCACCAGCAAUAAUGUCCUGAAGAUCAUCAAGGAGCCACCGAAGAUGUUCACGGUGGAACCACUGGAGAAUAAUGUAGUGGUGCUGGAUAUACAGCCGGAACAGGCUGUGCAGGAAGAAGAGGGUCUUAGUUAUGCCAGUCAAAUCACCGAAGACACUCCAGUGGAUAUCCUACCGGCCAGUGAGGAUGUUCUGGAUGCCAGAGCCAAUCUCAGGACAAUUCGUGUGCCAAAGCGACCCCAACAAAAGGUGGUGACAACGGACUGGGAGGAGGAACUCGACACCCAGACCAAUCACAUUAGGACAAGGCACAAAAGUGGCGGGGAGGAAGAUGAGGUGGAAUAUACAUAUCUACCGGAGGGCAUUGAGGAGGAUUGUGAGCAAAUUGAGGAGGAUGAAGUGACACUGGAGGAUAGCUCAAUGGAUAUGGUGGAUGAUGCCAUUGUGGAGGAGGAUUAUCAUGAGAAUGGGCAGGAGGACAUUGAGGAGGAGACAGAGGAGGAGCAUCUUGUACAAGCAGAAGACGUUAAUGGAGGACCCACACCAAAAAUCUCCAUUGAGACUCUCAUCACAGCUGGACAAAUUUUAGAAUCUAAUGAAAUUGCAAUGAGGGAGCAGGAGUGCAGUGGCAUAAAAUAGAAUUAUCAUCAUUUUCAUGCGAGGUAAAUUGGAAAAUACAAAAAAAAAAAACAAAAACUUUGCUCAUGUGAAUAAAUUCAACAUCAAACAACAACCCCCCUAAAACAAAUUCAUCCCUUUAGUAAUAUAGAAGACAUUUUAAGAAGCGCAAAUUUGUUUCAUAAAAAUAUGAAUAAUAUUUCAAAUAACUAUGAAUGUUUUAUCAAGUAAAAGAAAAUUGAUUGAAUUAUGUUGCUAUGAGAAUUUCUCCUAACAAAAAUUUUAUUAUACUUUACCUUUUUUUUUGUUUCACGUGAAAGUUUUAUCUGUACAAAAAAAAAAGAAUUGUAAUGAAGUUGGAGAAAAGAAUUUUGAGAUAUUAGAAAGUGUAUAUAAUGACUGUAGAAAGUUGAAUUUUUGUCUGCUUUCCUCAAAUUGAUGAAGAAAAAAAAAUUGUAUCUUUUUAUCGUGUAA